AUGCAUCAAGCCAUACCGAACCACAUCAACUAUCUCGCCCAUCGGUUCAAAAUCGUAAACAAGGAAUCAAGUCUCGUUGCCUUCGUACUCCCUUGGUCUCACCCAAGCACCCAAAACUUACUCGUCGUUCCCGGCCUCCAAAAUUCCAAUAUGCCUUCCAAAGCAGUACUCGUUACAGGAGCCAACGGGUUCAUCGGAUACGCAGUGUGCAGGGCCUUUGCAUUGGCUGGCUGGACAACGUACGGCCUCAUGCGCAGCGACAGGAGCAUCCCUGAACUGGUGAAGGAGGAGAUCAUUCCCAUCGUCGGAAGUGCCGCCGACCCUGCGUCGUUUGUCGCGGAUCUACCUCCAAUUGACGUUGUCAUCUGCUGCUCGGGGGACCCUUCCAACUUUGGCGCCCACUUCAAAGAGAUUACCUCUUUGAUCCGAUCUCUCAGCAAGAUCGCACGGAGCAAAGGUCACGGCAAACCACUGGCGAUCAUCAGCUCGGGUUGCAAAGACUACGGCAUGACUCCGAGGCACGGGGACCCAGACCUGGCUCCACACACCGAGGAAAGCCCUCUGAACUUCCCGCCUGUGUUGGGCGAACGGGCGAAUGGUGCACUGGAUAUGAUGACAAAGUACACAAAAGAUUUCGACUGUGUCAUAACGCGUCCGACUACCUUGUACGGCCGCUCGAGUAGCUUCUACGGAUUGAUAUUCUUGCUCGCUGAACAGGCCAAGAGUGAGACCGACGGUGUGUUGGCCGUCACGUCCGACGCUGACGCCAUCUGUCACGGCACCCACGUCGACGAUGUCGCCGCAGCUUAUCUCGCCAUCGCCGAGGCCCCGAGGGACGUGGUCGCGGGUCAGGCUUACAACAUCUCCAGCCACCGGUACGAGACGUUGGGCGAGAUUGUCGAGGUCGUGGAAAAAGCACACGGCAUCAAGGUCGAAUACGUCGACGCGGACGGAGUCGACAAGGACUCGUACGCCACCAAUGCUCUGUUCAACUUUCCACAAUGGGUCGAUUCGGAGAAGAUUCGAAAACAUACGGGCUGGAGAGACAAGAAACCCUUGUUCCACGAAGGGUACAACGUGUACCGGAAAGCGUACGAAGCGGCAGCUCAGGCCAAGACGGAGCAGCAUGAAAGAGUGAUGCGUAUGGUGGAAGGGAGGUUUGGAAUAAAGGACUAA